UAAUAAUAAUAAUAAUAAGUUGUUUGGGUCGUUGGCAAACAACACAUUCUGUCGUUUGUUUUAAAAAUACUAUUUGAAAUCAAUAAAACAUGAAUUGAUCAGCUUCAGUGUAGUUUACAUCUUAAACAGAUAGCAGUAAUUUAUACUUGUACAUCAUUGUAUUUAUACGUAUAUACAGUGUUUAUUCAGAGACGCAGACACAUUCAACUUUGUUUUGUUUUGUUUAUUUGACUUUUACAUGUGGGGAAACCUUAAUAUCAGGUGUUUAAGUAUAUCUGUUUCCUACCAUGUUAAAUAAUCACUGAGGAAUAAUUAACAUGUGAUCAGUCUCUUCACAUAUAUGAAUAUUUAUUAUGAUUAUUAUUAAUGAUAUCAUCAUGAAAGGUGAACCUACAACUGUGUUAUUCAGGAGGUUUGUGGCCCUUCGUAUUACUCAGCACCUUGAAGCAGCUCAGUAUCACAAAGGUUGGCGACCCCUGGUAUAAAGGUAGUUAGGUGUAAACUAAAAACUCUACUGCAUGUUAUAUUUUCUGUAUCUUAUAUUCCUGUUGUCUAUUUCUUACAUCUGUUGGAGACUCUUCUCACAGUUUGUUUCUUCAGUGUCGGCUCACUGCUGCUUCGCUUGUUGCACCAACAUCAUGACACAAUGCUGCGGUGCAGGAAGUCAACGUAAGUGUUUUAUAAUAACACCAAGCUGUCUGGCACAACACCUUUAUCAGGGUUCAAGUUUGAAUUAUUCUCAGCUCUCAGGGUCCAAAUACAGAAAGAGAUAAAAGGGUCAAAAUACUCACACAAUACUCUGAAGUGUUAUUAUUAUUAUUAUACAGUAUACAUUAGCUGAGCUCUCGUCCAGCCUGUCACGGACAUAGAGCCUAUACUUUACUUUUAAAUGUCAUUUAAUUGCAAUAUUAAGAUGAAAAGGACAUUUUCUGAAAAGGUUAUUUGUUUGCUUUCAAUUAAAUAAAUAGAAUAUUGUUGAUAUUUUUGAUUAAAGAAACACAGAUGAAGGAAGGAACUGAGUAACAAAGGAAAGAGGAAGGAAAUGAAACAGAAUAAAUAUUGUCUUUUAGGAAUCAUUAAUUCAUUUAAUGAUAUUCAGAAGAGCCUGGAUGAUGAAGAGUAAAGGAAGGAAUAAAGGGAAUAAGGGAAGGAGGCGAGGAGAUGAAGCGGAGGGAGGAGUAAAUCAGUGUUGGAGACUGACGCGGAAGAAGAAUCAGCCCCGGAGAAGGAAGAAGAAGAAACCCAAAAUGAAAGCGGCCCCCCCCACUUCACACUUGUUGAAUAACGUUUGUCUCCAACCUCGCGGCGGAUUUUGGGCAUUUUCCACCCGGGAUCUGACGUGUUUAUCCCGGGGGCCGGACGUGCAGCUUUAAGGCUGCAUGGCUGCGCGCUGUGACUGACAAUAACAUCCAUUUCACGAGACUUCACAGUGAAGCAUCCAGCUGGGUCGAUAUUUCAUCUUUUAUUCAUUCCCCGAAGGGGAAGCUCUGGGAACCAACCGGAGCACGGCGCCCUCUCCUCGGGACUGGGUUGCACCGCUGUCCCCGGGCGGAGGGGCUCUGUUAUCGGCGUGGACGGAUCUCUCCACCGCGAGAAGACGACGUCGAAAAAAGGCUUGUAAACCGAGCCUUCCUGGAACACACACUCUGUGUUUUAAAAAAGGUGGAUACACGUUUAAUAUUUCAGCAAUUUGAUAUUUUGCGAGGCGGGAAGCUCUGGGAGACACGCCGACCGCAGCGCCCUCUCCGCCGGGCAGCAGCACUGGGUGGCACCGCUGGCUCCAAGCCGGUGGGAUGACUCUCCAGCGGGGGUUGGAAACUAAUCUCGUGUACAGUCCCGUGAGACUAGGUUGUUGAUCACAAAGUCGUGACCUGGCUGCCUACUCUGUAUUUUUGGACCUGGAUAAUUAGCUUCUGAAGCGGCGGGGAAGCUCCAGGAUUCACGCCGUGCUCGGCGCCCUGUCGCCCCGGUGGGAUGUCUCGCCACUGGGGGUGGAAUACUUUCUAGAGCUCCGGGCUUUCUGCAGCACUUUGAGCCCAGACACCGCCCGUGUUGUCGCGCUCCUGCCGGUGAGUUUGUGUGUCGGUAGGAGGACAUGUCGGACUCCGGCUGCCGGGACAGAUCGGCGGACCUUGACGCCCCAGACUGCCUGACAGCGAGCCCCCUAAUCGGGAAGAAGAGGGCGCAGCAGUCCCCCGGUUCCCGGCCCAAGUACCAGAGCUCCGCACCGGGCGGGCACUGCCUCAGGAAAGUCACCCUGACCAAACCCACCUUCUGCCACAGCUGCAGCGACUUCAUCUGGGGGCUCAUCGGCUUCCUGUGUGAAGUGUGUAACUUCAUGUGUCACGAGAAGUGCCUGAAGACGCUGCGCUCGGCUUGUUCCUGCAUGACUCCGUCUCUGGUCCGGGUCCCGGUCGCUCACUGCUUUGGCCCGGCCGGUCAGAAGAAACGCUUCUGCUGCGUCUGCAGGAAACAGACGGAGGGAAACACAGCGCUGCGCUGCGAAGUGUGUGAGCUGCAUGUGCACGCUGACUGUGCCGUCUUCAGCUGUGCAGACUGUCGCAGUGCUCACGUGGACGGGACUCUGCAGCAGGAUACAUUCCACCACCACUGGAGGGAGGGUAACCUGCCGUCGGCAGCGAGGUGUGACGUGUGUCGGCGUUCCUGCGGCUCGUCUGACGUGCUGGCGGGGAUGAGGUGUGAGUGGUGCGGCGUCACGAGCCAUACGGCGUGCUACCUCAGCGUGCCACCAGAGUGCACUCUGGGACGUCUGCGCUGCAUGCUGCUGCAUCCGGCCUGUGUCCGCCUCGACUCCAGAAACUUCAGCAAGAUGCAUUGCUACCGCAUCACCGAGAGCUGCAGCCACGACCUGGAUAACUCGGACGAUGUCGAGCCGUCGGCUGCUGCGGCGUGUAAAGACUUUCAGCCGGCUGCUGCAGACGCAGGUAAACAGUUCAUUAAGGUGUGUGACGGUGAUGAUGCAGUGAAGCGUGGCUUCUUCCGAUUGGUCUCCAUCAGCCGAGCAACAAGGAACGAGGAAGUAGUGGAGGCGGCGCUGCGAGCCUUCUACCUCCCCGAUGAACCUCAGGACUACGAGCUGCAGGAGGUCAGUGGCGUGCAGCAUCUCCAUAGCGACGACAUCCUCAACCGUAACGGCGGUCCAGACAACCGGAGCUCCCCGAAGGAUGGGGGGGACGCCUGGCUGCUGAGGGUCAAACCCCGAGACGCCGAGGUCAUCAAGGUGCACGCGGGCGGGCCCAGGCCGCGGGCAGCUUCUGUCUCCGUCUCUCGGAGCAGCACGGCGGCUUCAGUCCUCACGGAGGCGCUCGGUCAGCUCGACACACGGGAGGACUCGUCAUGCUUCAGCCUGCUGGAGGUUAGCAUGAGCAGUAAACAAGUGCAGAGACAGACGCUGACGCCUCAGGAGAAGAUUCAGGACAAGCUGCAGGAGAUCAGGAAGGUGUCGUUGCGUCAGAUGAACCAGACUCGCUUCUACGUCGUGGAGAACAGGAAGCGUGCGCUGCAGGUGAGCCUGCUGAUUGGAGGACUGAGCCCCCUGCUGACCAGAGAGGAGUACAUCCAGCUGAUCCAGGAACACCUGAGCAUCAAGAGUGAGCCCCCUCACACACACACACACACACACACACAGUGUAAGGUCAUGGGCGACUGA